GAAGAAAGAGUUAAGUUUGUACAACUGGAGAAAUUGUGUUUUGGCUGCCUUAGGAUAGGCCAUAACUCCAGAGCGUGUACAUCCAGGAGUGUGUGUGACUUAUGUGGAAAACAUCACCCUACUUGCCUACAUCAAGAUCGUGGGAAGAAAAACCAAGAACAAGCUGUAAGAAUAAAACCAGAAAGGCCAAAUGAAAACGGAGGACACACCAACCAACAGUCUGAAUCAAUUGAAAUACAGCAAGCUACCUCUAACAGAGUUGUUCAAGAGAAAAGCAGCACUCACACUUCAUCUAUUGUUCCAGUCUAUGUCUCCACGGCAAUGGAACCAGACAAGGAAGUUUUAGUGUAUGCGUUACUUGAUAGUCAGAGUGACACAACCUUCAUCCUGAAGGAUGCAGCUGUUACAUUGGGUGCCAGGAAAGAGUCAGUAAAACUUAAAGUGUCCACAAUAACAUCAAAAACAAAAGUGGUGAAUAGCCAAAGGGUGCAAGGACUACAGGUAAGAGGCAUCAGCUCUGACACUAAAAUCAAACUCCCAACAACUUAUACCAGAGAUUACAUACCAGCAAACAGAUCCCAUAUACCCACAAGAACUACCGCAAAGUCUUGGCCUCACUUAGAACAUUUGGCAGAUGAAAUGUCUCCUGAGCUUGAUUGUGAAGUGGGAUUGUUAAUCGGCUAUAACUGUCCACAAGCCUUACUUCCCAGAGAUGUCAUCUCGGGCAAUGAAAACCAGCCAUAUGCACAAAAGUCUGUGUUGGGUUGGAGCAUUAUCGGCUACAGCAGCACUGGUGUGGAUUAUGAUCAUGAGGAUGAAAUCGGUGUGAGCCACCGUAUCAUCAUAAAGAAAGUUCAGCCAGCUACCAAGGCCUUUACUGAGCUCAAGUCUGAGGUACAUUUUGUUUAUAGAACUCAAGUCAAGGAAAUGAUCACUCCAGCAGAUAUACUCAAGGUCUUUGAGGCAGAUUUUACUGAGAAGUUCAGUGAAGAAGUUCUAAUAUCACAAGAAGAUAUUAAGUUCUUGGUGAAGCUGAAAGAAGGAAUCAAGCAAAAGCCAAAUGGACAUUACGAAAUGCCAUUGCCUUUUAAGGAAGAGAAACCAAGCCUGCCAAACAACAAAGUGUGUGCACAACAUCGACUCAGAUGUCUGGGAAAACGUCUUAAGAAAGAUAAUCAAUAUCACAAGGAUUAUGUGGCUUUUAUGGAGGACAUCAUAACAAGAGGUGAUGCUGAAAAGGUUCCAGAGUCAGAGUUAAACGAUCGGACCACGUGGUAUAUCCCUCACCAUGGGGUUUAUCAUCCCCAAAAGCCAGGAAAGAUUCGCGUGGUAUUUGAUUGCUCGGCUAAGUUUCAGAAUACAUCGCUGAAUGAGCAUCUACUCACCGGGCCAGACCUUACAAAUACCCUUGUAGGGGUCUUGUGUCGCUUCCGCAAAGGACGAGUAGCCAUCAUGUGUGAUGUAGAGCGGAUGUUCCAUCAAUUUCAUGUCGCACCAAGUGACCAAGACUAUCUCAGAUUCCUGUGGUGGGAAAGAGGCGAUAUGGAGGCUCCACCUUCAGUGUUCCGCAUGAAGGUUCACUUGUUCGGUGCUGCAUCGUCACCUGGAUGCGCAAACUUUGGGCUCAAACACCUGGCUGCAGAAGGUGAAGGCAAGUUUAGUGAAGCUACAGUGAGGUUUAUUCAGCGCAAUUUUUAUGUUGAUGAUGGAUUAACAAGUUUGGACAGUGAAGAAGAAGCUAUCGAGCUUGUUAGAGAGGCAAGAGACCUCUGCAACACUGGUAAACUCCACUUACACAAAUUCAUUACCAGUAACAAGAAGGUGCUUGCCACAAUCCCAAAGCAAGAACUUGCAGAAGUUGUAGCUGACCUGGACAUGGCCUUGGGUGAGCACAAGAUGGAGCGGGCUCUCGGGGUCCAAUGGUGCAUUAGCUCAGAUAAGUUCCAGUUCAAAGUGAGGGUAAAGGAUCAUCCUUUCACCAGAAGAGGAGUAUUGUCAACAGUGGCCUCAAUUUUUGAUCCUCUUGGAUUUGUGGCACCUAUCAUUCUAAAAGGUAAACAGAUUCUACAAAGGAUGUGCCAAGACAAGGUGGGAUGGGAUGAGCAGCUUCCUGAUGAUCUCAGGCCGCGUUGGGAAGCGUGGCUCCAAGACCUUCAUAAUCUUUCACUGACAAAGUUAACAACGAUCCCAAGACUGGAACUCUCAGCUGCAGUCGUGGCCACAAGGUCGAGUGACCUGCUAAGGAGAGAAAUGAAGAUGGAAGAGAGUUCAGUUCUUGUCUAAUGAAUUUUGGACCAGAUGGAGAAAGGAGUAUUUGCUGAAUCUGCAGCAGAGGAGCAAAUGGAACAAGGACAGGAGAAAUGCUAAAGUGAAUGACAUUGUCCUGUUGCAAGAUGAUGACGCACCAAGAAAUAAGUGGAAGCUGGCGAAGGUAGUUGAAGUCUUCCAAGGAUCUGACGGAAGAGUCAGAAAACUCAAACUGUUACUUAGUGACACAGCACUAGACAUUAGAGGCGCACGCUCACAUAAGCCAGUUUAUUUAGAAAGGUCAAUACACAAAACAGUACUACUGCUUGAGGCCGAAUAAGUAGCCUAGUUCUUCAUUGUUUUGUUUAUAUUUGAAUGUAUAUGCGUUUAUUUACAUCAUUGUUUUAGAAUGUUCUGUUUAGAAAGUCUAUUUUUGUGAUGUGAAUCACACAUUGUGUGAUGGUGGGAGUGUAAAUGCAGCCGGUAUUUUGAAUAUAUUUGAAAUACUCAUGUACUUUUAUUUUGACAUUCCGAAAACCGGAAGUAAGCCCCGUAACCAAAGCGCAGGGACCAAGCGCACAUGUAGCGAUUCAUGCUAGUUUAAUUCUUUAUACUCCCUGUUUCAACUGCGUAUAAGUUUAAGUAUAUUUGACUUUGAAGAUUGCUUCUGGGAAAUGACUCUGCCGUUGGUUGAGAAGCAGGCUAAAGUGGUGCUGUCUUGAGGCCAAAUGUGUAAGAGCAGCAAAGUGAAGGCUACCGUGUUCAGAUCCACUGUUUCUAUCUCAUGCUGAAAAACACAGAAAGUUGAGCUUCUCCUCACAGUCUCUGGGUGUCCAGGUCUGUGUGUUCUUGUUCAGAGCUGCACAGCGUUGGUUUUGGGCAGGACAUUGAAGCUGUUCAUCUGAAGACCAGACCUUGAAGAUAAGAUCAUCUCCACUGAUCCAGAACCAUCUACCUGCUAGAAAGCGCAGACCAAUCCACACGUAUUGUGUUUGAUCUCCUGUGAUCUUACUGAGAGCAUAAUCCAUCCGUCUGUUUGAGCUCAGAGAUGCCAGAUCAUCAUGAUGAUGUCUACAGUAUUCUAGAGCUCCCUCCCAGCUCUCAGACUGAUGAACCAACACAAUCUCAGACACAUUCAUACAGAAGAAGGCGUAAGUAAAAGAGCAACUAUCAU